AUGAGUCUCACAUCUUCGUCAGCCUUGCAGCGUGAACCAUUGUCUUCGGGCAAAACAGCAUCAAAUAUCACAGUCGAACAUUGUGAGCCUGUCAAUUCUAAACAACUGACCACGGGCAACGUGCUCCCAGGCCUUCCGGUCGUUCAAGUGGCACCCAUCUUUCGUGGAACCGUCGAGUUCGAGGCCAAGCGCGCUGCUCUUCUCGAGGCAUUCACGGCAAAGGUUCCUCGGGAAUUCCGCCUCCCAGUCGAGCUCAUUAAGAAUCCCCCGAAAGACCCAGAAGAGGUCGAGAUCACCGAGCAUGAUGCCGUUGGCCUUGUUGACGCGAUCGCAAGUCGAAAGCACAGCUCUGUCGCUGUCGCACGAGCCUUUCGCAAGCGCGCUAUCAUCGCGCAUCAACUCACGUGCUGUCUGACCCAGUGGUACAUGGACGAGGCCAUUGCUCAAGCCCAGAAGCUAGAUGCCUACUUUGAGAGAUACGGAAAGCCCAUCGGUCCUCUGCAUGGUGUUCCUAUCAGCAUCAAGGAGCAUAUCCAGGUGGCCGAGACUUAUUCCUCUCAGGGUUGUUUCGCAAGCAUCACCUACGAUGAUACAGACGCCGACAUUGUGGCGAUCUUGCGGUCGACGGGUGGCGAGGCGGCCUUGAUCGCCAUGAAGGGUUCGGCGCUCGGUAUCGGCACAGACAUCGGUGGAAGUAUUCGAGGACCAUCGGCGUUCUGCGGUAUCUAUGGCUUCAAAACGACAUCGAAUACGUUGCCAACGAGAGGCUAUGCCAAAGGUGCCCCACCUCCCUCGGUACUGAAUGUGCCUCUCUCGACAGGACCCAUGUGUCGGUCGUUAAGAGAUAUGGAUCUCUUCAUGAGGUGCACCUUGUCGGCGAAGCCAUUUCUUUCGGAUCCGACUGUGACUCCUCUUCCUUGGACAGGCCUCGACACUUCGUUCAAUCGGCGACUCAAGGUGGGCAUCAUUAGUAAUGAUGGCUUCAUCGAGCCCCAACCUCCCGUCAAGAGGGCUGUGUUGUGGGCCAAAGCUAUCUUAACCGAUCGCAAGUACGCGGACUUGAUUGAGGUAAAAGACUUCAAAGUCUUUGGUGCUGAAGAAGCCUGGAACCAAGUACGGAGACUGUACUGGCCAGAUGGUGCUCAACUCACCAAGAACGGCAUCAUCUCGUCAGGUGAACCCAUUCAUCCUCUCACGGAAUGGAUUACCCAAGACGCCGAACCGUUUGGUAUGCAGACAGCGCUGGACAUAACACUCCAGCACAAGGCUAGGGACGACUUUCGCCUAUCUUUUGCGAAGAGCUGGACCGACCAAGAUGUGGAUGUCAUCGUCGGCCCGUCGUUUGUUGGACCAGCGUGCGCCCACGACACGGCCUUGUACUGGACGUAUACAUCGCUGUACAACGUUGUCGACUACCCGGGGGCGGUGCUUCCAACGCCCAUUAGGGCUGAGUCUGGGGAAGAAUACGACGACGGGUAUAAGCCGUUGAGCGAGGCUUGUUUGGGUUGGUUUAGACGCGAUUGA